UCUUUGUACUAUUAAGUUGAACAAGUGGGAAGAAGACAUAAACAAGAAAGAAACUUCAAACUUUGAAAACGCAAACACUUGGGAAUUUUCUUCCUUCUUUGUAUCCUCACCACUGUUACUACCACGACUUCAAAUACAAACCCCUCUUUCUUUCUUUCUUUCUUUCUUUCUCUCUCUACAUUUUCCCGAGAAAAUCUCACCAGGCCCAGCAUGCUAGCCGAAUAUCAUAUUCUUUCCAAAUAAUUCUCGUGGUGGAUAUCUCAUCAUCCAGAACAUGCUUCCAAAGGCUGAUAGUUGGUACUUGGUACUUGAUAUCAGUUAGUUAGCUGACUAAAAGAAAGAAGUGAAUUUUCAAUCCUUAUAGGCUUCUACCUACUUUUGCUCCACAAUUACGACAAGUAGUUAUAUAUGAAAGACAAUGAUCAAUGAAGUAGUAGUUUGGUGUCCUUAUGAUCAACUACCUUGAAGGUGCAGGGAUAUUGCUUCAUGCAUAGAAUCACCAAAAUGAAGAAAUUAUAUGGAGGAGUUCUGAUUGCCUCAUUGUUUAUGUUGUUUAUGCUUAUGAUCCUGCGAUAUGGGGUCGUGAAAAAUCCAAUUGGUGAAGGUUAUCUGACCAUACCUGUCUCCAUUAAUGGUACCAAUCCUCUAGAAUGGAUAAACCCUGUAGUUCCACCUGCUAUUCAAAAUCCGGGUGGUGCUUCUCGAGUUAUUUCUUCUGAUAUUUUAGUCUCUAGCCUCUUUGCUGGGAGAAACUUUUCCAAAGAAGAGCAACAAGCUCUGCAGACGUGGAACCAAUUGAAAAACUUAAUUAAUCAUGGUCAGGGUUUGCCUAAUGCAGCAGAAGCUAUCAAGGAAGCUGCUGGUGCAUGGAAUAGUCUUAUAUCCUCAAUUGAAGAGCAAAGACAAGGUCAUGCAAAUGAUAGUUCUAGAACAAAAGAGAAACAGUGUCCCCAUUAUCGUAAUGAGAUGAAUACCACUGAACUUGGUAAUAGUAGUUACAAACUGCAAGUACCUUGUGGCCUGACACAGGGUUCUUCCAUCACUGUAAUUGGCAUUCCAAAUGGUCUUCUUGGUAAUUUUCGGAUCGACUUGACUGGAGAACCACUUCCUGGGGAGCCUGAUCCCCCAAUUAUUUUGCACUAUAAUGUUAGGCUUCAUGGUGAUAAAAUCACUGAAGAUCCAGUAAUUGUCCAAAACUCCUGGACAGUAGCUCAUGAUUGGGGUGAAGAGGAACGUUGUCCUUCUCCCACUCCUGAAAAGGUUAAGAAAGUUGAUGAGUUGGAGCAGUGCAAUAAGAUUGUUGGGAAGAACAUUAGCCAACUUUACAUGGCCAGCAUGUAUUCCCACACUUCAAGGCGAUUUUCAGCAAUAGAAGAACAAUCAGCAAAUAGAAAAUACUUUCCUUUUAAGCAAGGUUACCCAUUUGUUGCAACUCUUAGAGUGGGAUCAGAGGGAAUCCAGAUGACAGUUGAUGGAAAACACAUAACUUCAUUUGCUUUCCGAGAAACUUUGGAGCCAUGGCUUGUCAGUGAGAUAAAAAUUUCAGGGGACCUCAAGUUAAUAUCUAUUCUUGCCAGUGGUCUGCCCACAUCAGAGGAUUCAGAGCAUAUCAAUGACCUAGAGUCAUUGAUAUCAAGUCCUAUAUCUGCACAGACCCCAUUGGAUCUCUUCAUUGGUGUUUUCUCUACCGCCAACAAUUUUAAGCGUCGGAUGGCUGUUAGAAGAACCUGGAUGCAGUACAAAGUAGUUCUAUUAAAUACAACAGCUGUGCGAUUCUUUGUUGGUUUGCAUAAAAGCCAAAUAGUUAAUGAAGAAUUGUGGAAAGAAGCACAGACGUAUGGAGACAUACAGUUGAUGCCAUUUGCUGACUACUAUAGCCUCAUCACCUGGAAAACUUUAGCAAUCUGCAUUUUUGGGACAGAAGUUGUUUCAGCAAAGUUUGUCAUGAAGACAGAUGAUGAUUCAUUUGUUCGUGUAGAUGAAGUGCUAAGCUCUUUGCAUAGGAUCAAUGUGGCUCAUGGAUUACUGUAUGGACUGAUCGAGUCAGAUUCCCGACCUCAUCGAAAUACUGAUAGCAAAUGGUACAUCAGCCCAGAGGAAUGGAGCGAAGGAACUUAUCCUCCUUGGGCACAUGGUCCCGGCUAUGUUAUCUCACAUGAUAUAGCAAGGACAGUAUAUAAGAAGUACAGAGAUAACCAUUUGAAGAUGUUUAAAUUAGAAGACGUUGCAAUGGGAAUCUGGAUCGCAGACAUGAAGAAGGAAGGUCUAGAAGUUCGGUAUGAGAAUGAGGUCAGAGUCUUUAAUGUGGGUUGCAAGGAUGGUUAUGUGGUUGCCCAUUAUCAAGGUCCUAGGGAAAUGCUCUGUUUGUAUCAGAAACUUCAGGAAGGAAAAGGUGCAAAAUGCUGUGGUGAUAGGAGGCGAUUGCUUGAACUUAACUAACCAGGGUUAGCUUGUAUAAUAAUUAGAAUAUGGUUAGCCUAGCAAGAAAUUAUUAGAAAUAGUUGAUAUUAGGGCAUAUUUGUAGUCAUAAAUCCGUUUAAGUAAAUCUGAUGAUUGUUCAAUGUAGAGAGGGAGAGAUUUGUAUAGAGCCACCAAUCGGAAAUAGGUUAUCAAAUUUUCUCGCACCUGAUUUAAUUUUUUGUAUGGGAACAAAUCAUUGUAGAAAGAAACCUCAAAAUUUUAACAAAUAUUUUUA